AUGGCGCACGCGAUGCAUUUGCGCUCCCUGCGGCCGGUCAUCCGUCCCCUCUUGCGCCCCCAACUCCGAUGCGGUUAUUCGAGCCAAUUCCAACCCCUCGUGCCGCCAUCACCAAGUUCCCUAGGCAAACCCACAGCAGCAAAGACCUACAAACGCACCCGAAAAUGGUUACGUCGGAUAUUUUAUUUGUCAUUUGCAACGGGCGUCGCCUACGGCGUCGAUCGCCAGUUCUACGCAUCAUCGCUGACCCGAACGGCGCGGACUUUCUCCCUCGGCCUCCUCGUCGCCAUUGAUUACAAAAUUAACUUUCGCCCCCAUCCACCACUGGCCAGUUCCAUUGCUGCCGUACACGCCCGCAAUGCAGAACGGUUGUCUGAUCUGUUAAGGCACAAUGGUGGGCUUUAUCUAAAGAUGGGCCAAGCCAUCGCUAUGCAGUCUGCGAUCUUGCCACCGGAGUUCCAGCAUAUGUUCUCGCGUAUGUUCGACGAUGCGCCCCAGAAUGAUUGGAAAGAUGUUGAGAAAGUCAUUCGCGAGGACUUUGGAAAGUCGCCCGAGGAGGUUUUUGGAGUCUCAUUUACGGGCGAGCCUGAUAAAGGUGUGAUGGAACGCAGAGCUCGAGCCAGCGCUAGUGUAGCCCAGGUCCAUUGGGCGCGCCUGCAGGAUGGCAGGGAGGUUGCGAUAAAGAUCCAAAAGCGGGAGAUUGUACAGCAGUUAGCCUGGGAUCUCUGGGCCUUCAAGGUUGUGACAUUUAUAUACAGCAAGGUUUUCGAUAUUCCUUUCUACAGUCUUGUUCCCUACAUCAGCGAGCGGCUAUCACUUGAAACAGACUUUGAGAAUGAAGCAGACAACUCGGAAAACAUGGCAAAACUAGUGGCCGGAGAACCCCGCCUGCGCGACCGUGUGUAUAUUCCUCGGGUAUACCGUGAGUUGAGUUCAAAGCGUGUCAUGACAGCCGAAUGGGUAGAAGGCGUGCGGCUCUGGGACAAGGAGGCUAUCACGCGGCCCUGGCGCGGGGGCUGGCGCCAGGGAAGCCCAGGCUGUCAAGGAACACCCUUGGAUCAACCGGGGACGCCUACGCACCGGAAGACACGGGCAGGAAAUCUUAAGCCCGAGCGUGACUACUGGCGGGGUCGCAACAACCGCAAUGGGCUGGGCUUGUCCCUGAAGGAAGUGAUGACGACCAUGGUGGACUUGUUCUCAGCUCAGAUGUUCCUGUGGGGAUAUGUGCAUUGCGAUCCGCACCCGGGCAACAUCUUCAUCCGCCGCAAGCCGUCCGGACAACCUGAAUUGGUAUUGAUCGAUCACGGCUUGUACAUCCAUAUGGAGCCUGGAUUCCGGCACCAAUACGCCCGAUUCUGGAAGGCCCUCCUUACAUUCGACAAUCGCACGCUGGGCGAGAUUGUCAAAGGCUGGGGCGUGAAAAAUCCCGAUGUCUUCGCCUCAGCGACUUUGAUGCGCCCAUACAGUGGUGGUGAUAUGUCGACUCGGCGGGGCAUCCAAGGGCUAAGCCAAUCGCAGCGUGCAGAGCGGUCCUACGAGAUGCAGCAGGCGGCGCGCAAGGCGAUCCGGGACAUACUAGGCGAUGAAACCAAGUGGCCGCAGGAGCUGAUUUUCAUCGGCCGCAACCUGCGCAUUGUCCAAGGCAACAACCAGUUCUUGGGCUCCCCUGUGAAUCGUGUCAAAAUAACAGGAAUAUGGGCUUCGCGCGCGCUAAUCGAGUCUCCGGAUCUCCCGCUGGUCGAGAAGAUCCGCAAUCUGGGCCGCCAUCUUGCCUUCCGUAUGGUUCUGUUUACUACUGAUAUUUGGUUCUAUUUCACCAAGGUGCGCCAGUUUUUGCAUUUGGGCGGUGGCAUGGAAGAUGAUAUCGAGGCGCAGAUGCAGGUGAUGGCGAAGGAUAUGGGAGUUGAGCUUAAUCAUGAAAUCUUCGAGGGAUAG